AUGGAUUCUAUGGCAUCUUCUCCCGCAUUCAUUUGCUCUCCUCGAACCGUGUUUCAACAACAUUACGGAGUAUCAAGCCCUGAUUAUGAGAAUGGAGUUGGCAAUCCGAAGACUCGAAGUCAGGGGCGAUUCCCUUCUGGUUGUAAACCAAACGGACAAGGAAUUAGGAGGUUUGAUGCAGUUCCAAAGGAACUAUGGACUCUUUUACGGGCCGACUGUAUGGGUCUUCCUGCCCCUAGGAAUUUGGAAGCUUUGUCUAACAAGUCAGCGAAUGUGGUGGACAGAAACAACGGAAGGAUCGUUGCAACAGCAUCAACAGUUGAACAUUCCAUAAAAAAUACACUUGAGUGUGCUAGGUCUUGCAAUGCCAAAGCAACUUCAGUUGUUGGAGAGGUAUUGGCUUUGAGACUCAAGGUGGAGGGUCUAGAAGAGGGACAGGGAAGAGGAAUUCAUGUCGAUCUAAACAAAGAGAUUGAGAAAAAGGAUAGUGGCAGACACGAGGGAGUGCCAGGGUUGCGAGAAGAGCCAGAAUCCAUGCAGGAUGUUACUGUUCAUUCACUGGCAAAGACAUGUUAUGGCUCGAGAUUAGGAGUUAUUCCUCAGUAG